GUUGGCUCCUGAGCAUCGCGGUGGCGGUGGCGGCGGUAGCAGCAGCGGUGACUCCUUCUGGUACGCUGCCUCUCGCGUUUGGACCUGGCCGAUGUGUGCCAGGGAGAGUUUUGCAAGAUGCGAGAUUCAUUUCCCGCGGCGAGGGAGCCCUCGUCGUCGAGUUUAGGCGGACUCUGACCACCUCCGGCAAAGUGUGUAGGCUGGGGUGUCGCGCAUAUUACGUAAAGCCGUGGGAAAAAUAAAUUGCGGGGAAAGAAGGAAAACAAAGUGUAGACGAAGAAGGGAGACAACCCACUUUCUGUGUGCAUGCACAUCGUGAUGAGGAGAGCAUCGUUUGAUAAACACGCUAACGCCAAGCGCAACGUUUUGAGCAACACCUCAUAUGGACUCGCGUGCAGCAAGGAUGCAGAAUACAAGUGCAACGUGAAAUACAGCGGCUCCCUACAUCAGGAAAAGAAUUAUCUGCAGCGUAGCGUAUCGGCGGACAAUGUUGUAAUACGUUCACGCGGUUACAAACCGUCUGAUAGACACGAUCCGAUCAAGAGAAGUUUUCUCGAGAAUCUCACUUCAAGAAUAUUGCACUUCGACAUGGAGGGGGGCGAGACUACCCCGAUUAACUUGCAAAAGUUACUCACCCCAGCGUCGGAUUCUCAAGAAUUACUACAAUCUAAAAAUAAAAAAAUGUUUGCAUCCUCCUACUUUUACGCACCGACACAUCCUACAGUGGAGGACCAAGUUGAACUUGCACGUCGGAUUUCGCAUUCGCUCAGCGAUGUAAAAAACGUGAAAAGUAAAGGACAGACCAUGUAUGUAAACAGGAAAAAGCGAUCAGUUAAAUGGAUCCAUGACGGCAAUGGUAUCGAGGAUGAAGAGGAAACAACCACAGUUCAUAAGGAAAAACUACCUCUCAAAUGCGUGAUGAAUCCAUGCGGGAAAGUGCUGGAUAUUCAUGGCAUUCGAGCAUUAGGUGAAGAAGUCAAUAUCGCGCCAGUGCCGAAAAAUCCCGAAAAACUCUUUGAUAUUGUCCGUGACUUGAAUAAUCAAAAAGGACGCGGUGCCGAGAUAUUUGCGAAACGUAGGAAAAGAUCGGAAAAAUGGGUAGUGGACCAGGAACAAUCACAGACACCGAAUACACCUGUUACACCGAAAACGCCAACAUAUCCGGAAAAAUUAUUUCAGGAAGUUAAUGGUAACGCAAAAUUCAUGACGCCACCGUCGUUAACACCUCGUACGCCGAAUAUUGAUAAACCAUUUUAUAAUCCUUUUACAGUGGAUAUUUCUCUCGACAGUGCGAAUAUCCCGCUAACAGACAGGCACUGCAAUGCUAAUCGGUGCGGUCAUUCGAGUGAGGUAAAAAAGAUUUACCUGCGGGAAAUUGCGGUCGGCACAGAUUCUGAUUUUCCUUCUGAUCAUUCUCGAUCGUCCAUCAUUGAAAAAUCCCGUCGUGCCGUUUUCGAAUCUACUAACGAUCGCCGCGCUAACAUGGCCAAUAAUCGCAUUGUCGCAAGUAACAAUAACAGAUUUAUUAACAACAACAGUUAUCAAUCGCCGAGAAAAUCCGACUUUUGCAAUGCGCGGAGUUACAAUGGCAGAGAUAUGAGAAUUCAACAACAUUUUGAUAAUUACAACGAUACCAUGAUCGACAAAAAGAUUGGAAGUAAACAACAGAACGGCAAUCAAAUGCAGAAUGACGAUGAGGAAAACGACGGAUACACUCCUGUACCAGUAAAGCAACUGAUACAAGAAUUCGAGAAAACCUGUAGACCAGUUCUGCAAUACAAGCAAAUUAGUCCGAAGAUCAUUCCAAUCAUACAGCAAUGUCCAUUGAAUAAUGGCAUAGCACGUUUCUUCGAGACGAGAAAUCCUGUCAAGUAUAACAACGAGGAGGAGGGAUACGCACGUGUACGCGAAAAGUACGAAGAGUCUGCAAAACUGCAAUCCCAAUACAACCAUCGAUUAUACGACACAUGUGGGAAUUACGAGAGGAAACUGCAAUCUCAUUGCAACGGUCAGUUAUGCAACGCACACGAGAGCUACGAAAAAUUAGCAAAACUACAAUCUCGAUGCAAUGGCUAUGAUUCCACUGACGAGACUGAAUAUACGACGGAUGACACCGAUUCCACCGAAGAUUCGAAAUCUAUAGAUCGUGGCAAUUCUGCCCCGUCUGCCUUGCUGAACUGCUGCGAUAGCAGCGAAUACUCAAUCGCGUUUGAGGACGAAUAUUCGGGUACUAGACGUCAUUCAACCACUUCACAGGAAUUAGAAGCCCUUUACGCCAAUGGCACAAACACGAAAUUUAUCAACACUGACGCUGAAGUGCUUCCUGAGACAAAGUCGCUGAUGCUUUCGAUGGUUGCCUCGCACGAGGACAUACUCGAGACCAAAAAACACUUACGCAACACGCCGGUUUUGGAUAAUCUUUUAGGCACCGCAACACCAGAAUGCAAACUCAUUGACGUUAAUCCGGAAUUAGGGAACAAGUUAUACGAGGAUAAUAAUUUUACUGGACCGAAAUUAACUAGUCUUCACAAUUUAACAAAUUACAAUACAGCACCGCGUGGAUGGGAUCAAUCAUUUACAUUUUACCGGCCUAUUAAAUUUGAAAAACCGCAAGAAAUUAUGUAUUCUGAUUUUUAGAUGUAGCAUAAAUUUUGUAAUUAUAACUCAUUUAAACAUCGGUAAAGAUUGAUUGCAAGUUCAACCAAGUUUCACCAAGCAUCAAGGCUUAUCGGAAUACAUUUUUCGCACCACCAUUGCGUCCAUUUUCACCACGAUUUAAAUCCCAAUGAUCUAUGAAUUACUUAAAUAUCUUCAUCAUAAAUAAGCGAUAUUUGCGCUAUACAUAUGAUAUGUUUGAAGUUUCGUUUUGCUUUGGUGUACUUCUAUCUCUUCUUUCCUUGAGAUAUUUAACGUUGUUUUGACGGUGUUACAUUAUUGCAUUUUACUUUAUUAUAUUAUGCAAAUAAAUAUGUUGUUUUCCUAAUUUCUAUUGUAAUUGGUUCACUACUUUACUCAUAAAUACCUUAUUUUUCUGUAAUUGAUCUGUAUGUAUGUAUAUAAAAUCCAAUUUGUAUCCCAAUAAUAACAAUAAUAAGUGUUCCAUAAUAUUAUAAAUAAUAAUUGAAUUUAUAUAGAGAUGUUAGAUACAAUUGCGACAUAUCUAGAAAUAAAUCUUCUUUUAUCUUGCAAC